AAGCCAGUUCCACACUCUUCCCUUCAGGUGGACUUUGGGGUGGGGUGGUGGAGUUUGAUGGCAAAGAUGCCACCCCACAGACAUAGCCCCUCUGUUGACCAGCAUCAUCUGCUCCCUGGCAGUUGAUGACAGAGUAUCCGGAGGGAGGGGGGAAAUGAUGUGGCAGCAAUAGAAGAGAUGGACAUAUGUUGGCAACAGGAGUGGGAAACCUGAUUUUUAAAAACCGCAGUAAAUUAAAGCAAUUAGGUUUGAUUUGCAUCAAUUUGGAAAACUAAUAAAAAUAAUUUGUAAAAUAAAAUAGAGCUUAGGAUGGGUGGGGGUUGGCAGGCGACUGAUAAUAAAGACCACAAGUCGCAGAAGCAGCCCUCCCCAGUGAAUUGCAGGUUGUCCUGGCCCCUGGCCCUUGAGAGAUAGGCGAUUUGUGCAGUACAGUGAGGUUCCUGUUGUCUGUUCUUCCUUGAGGAACAAGAGAUUGCUGGGGGUGCUUCCAGAAUGUUGCUAUUUUCAAGUGAGAUUCAGUAAAAAAAACCCCAGCAAAUUCAGGUUGCACUAUUACAGUUGACCGUUAGGUCUUGCGCAUUAAAUGUGCUUCUCCCAAAGAUCAGACUUCGUGCAAUAAGGAAAAGUGGCGAGGGAAUGCGCUGGAAUGUCCUUCGAUGCAAUGUUACCCUCCCUGCAAACACAUUAGAAUUCAUGCUCAUUUAACAGCCAAUGCCAGACUCUUCCAGAAAGUUGCUGUUUGCAGGAAGGAUUGGAGUACAUUCCGGAGAAUUCAGGUUGCCAAAUUAUCCCUGACUGGGAUGGCGUCUGGAAGCACCUGCCGUCUAAUCUCCCCACAAAGAAAUCAGGAUGAAUGCUCAAUAAAGAGGCCAUCUGGAAGCAAUUGUAGUUGGGGAGAUAGACGUUCACACCUCUAUUUUCCCACCUCCAAGUUACUCAGGAUUCUUUGUAAGGAAGCAGAAAAGCUAAACCUUUUUGCCUGAGGCGGCGGUGAAGAGCUGUGGUUCUCCAGAUGCUGUUGAUGAGAGCGCAGCAACAUCUGGAAGGCCACCGAAUCCUAGUCCCUGUGGUUAGAUGGUUUAGCAGCCUUUUAGCAUCUCUGGUUUCCAAAAGCCUGUUGCUUCUUAGAAUAGCUCCAGAAGUAGUUCCACACAAGGGAAUGAAGACUUACGCACACCCCGGCCAACUUCAUUUUAUUCAAAAUUAAACCCAGAGUUCUAUAUUUCUUGGCUCCGUCGCUGAGACAUACUAGUGGCUGGUGAGAAGGAGGAACGCCUGUCUCUGAUCUGAAGCCUUCGCAAGAAGAAGGGUGGGGGAGUUUGAUGAACUGUUCCUUCACUCCACUCCAUCUUGCCGGUGGGAGCUGGCCAUGGAAACUGAGGGAACAGUCUUGCUGCUUCCAAGUUCUGGCAGGAGAAUGUCUGUAGCUCUGUUCAGAGUGUCUGCCUUGCAUGCAAAGCUUGGGAGACAUCAAGUUCCUCACCAGUCUAGGCAACAUGGAGGCCUCCAGAUGAUCUUCUCCUUUCAUCCUUAAGCCAGCAUGACCAGUGGUUAGAGAUUAUGUGAGUUGUCAUUCACCAACACCUGGAAGGAACUGCUUCUGCUAGGGAGGCUCUGGGAAGAACUACACUCCCAUAUUGCCUCUGACACUGGAAUUUCACCUUCAUGUGUCAAACACUGGAGGUAUUUAAUCUGAGCUUCUUCUCCUGAUCCAGAGUGCACAUCACCAUGUGUGCCUGUCCAAAGAGAGUUAGCGCAUUUGCACGAGUCAAGCCGACGGGUGACUUCCCACAAGACAUGAUCAAGUUCGGGGAAGACAAUAAGACGAUGGAAAUAUACAUUGAGAGAGACCGCACGAAAGGAGUAGUCAACAACAAGCAGACAGACUGGUCCUUUAAAUUAGAUGGUGUUCUUCACGAUGCCCCCCAGGAUGCGGUUUAUGAUGCAGUAGCCAGAGAUUUGGUCUCCCAGGCCCUUAAUGGAUAUAACGGUACUAUAUUAUGCUAUGGGCAAACUGGAGCUGGCAAGACUUUCACUAUGACGGGAACAACUGGAAACUACAAGCAUCGAGGGAUCAUACCCCGAGCUAUCCAACAGGUAUUCAAGUCAAUGGAGGAACACGGGAGUCAGUUCAUCACCGUUCGAAUUUCGUACCUGGAAAUCCACAACGAGAUCAUCUUUGACCUUUUAGCCACGACCCCCAGUGACAUUCCGCUGUCUAUAGGAGAGGGACCCCAAGGUGUCUAUGUGAAAGGCUUGACGGUACACGCAGCCCCCCACGAAGAAAUUGCUUUAAAUCUCUUGUUCGAGGGGGACACCAAUAGAUCUGUUGGUCAACACGCUCUGAACAGGAACUCUUCCAGGUCUCAUUGCAUCUUCACUAUUUACAUCGAGUGUCAUUCCAGAAUUCUUUCUGAUGCCCGUUACGUGACCUCCAAAAUUAACCUGGUGGAUCUAGCAGGCUCAGAGAGGCUGGCAAAGACCAAAUCGGAGGGGUAUGGACUGAAGGAAGCAACUUACAUCAACAGGUCUCUGUCGUACCUGGAACAAGUUAUUAUUGCGUUGGCCGACCGUAACCGGGAACACGUUCCUUUCCGCCAGAGCAAGCUCACUUACACCCUGAAGGAUUCAUUGGGCGGGAAUUGCAACACAGUCCUCGUAGCCAACAUCUGCAGUGAAGCCAUCCACAUUGUGGAGACGCUGUCCACGCUGCGUUUUGCUACCAGAAUGAAAUGGGUGACCACUGAGCCAAUUGUGAAUGAAAAAAUCAACCCCGAGCGAAUGGUGAAAAUUCUGGAAAAAGAAGUCCUUUACCUGAAGGAGGAGCUGGCCAUGCACAACAGCCUGCUAAACCGCCCUCCAGUGUCUUACGAGCCCCUGAAUGAAAUCCAGGUGGCAGAGAUCAGCUCUCAAGUCCGCCGUUACCUCGAUGGAACCAUAGAUGAGUUAGAUAUUUUGAGCAUCAGACAAAUCCACGAAAUAUUCAACCAGUUCAAAAUGAUUUUGGGCCAGCAAGAGCAGGAAGUGGAAGCCAGGCUGCGGAAUAAAUACACCCUGAUAGACAAAAACGACUACGCAACCCUGUCUGCAGUUCAAAAGGCAGGGCUGGUUGAUGCCGAAGGCCACCUGGUUGGGGAAGUUGACGGGCAAGGAUUUGGCAUCGGAGUCGCUCCUUUCUCAUCCAAGCCCGGAGGGAAGAAAACGAAAGCAAAGCGAGGCAAGGAGCAAGUCAGUCCCACUCUGAAGAAGGAAGGCCUGGCGAGUCCUCAAUCUGGGAAGGAUCUGGAGACCCUUUCCCCGUCCCGCAGCCAGGUAGGGGCAGUCACCAAGGACCCGGAGGCAAGGGAGGGCUUGAUCCGUGAGCAGGACGCCGUCAGCUUCGAGACCCAUCGCUCUGACUCCGCACCAAGAGAGGAGCCCAGCACGAGGCCCAGUUCCCCACCUGCAAAGACAGCAGCCUUCGAGGAGUUCAAGAACGAGCGCGGCAGCGAAAUCAACCGGAUAUUCAAGGAGAACAAAGCCAUCCUGAAUGACCGCAAGGGCAAAAUGAACGAGGUCGCCCAGAGAAUCAACGUGCUCAAAACGGAGAUGGACAACAUCAAGCAGGCACUGGACGCCCAGAAAGCUGAACGCGAUCAGCAGGGAGAAUACCAGAGCGAGGACGGACAAAUCAUUAUUGACGAAGAGGAAUUCAUGUUGAUUAUGAAGAUGAAGGACCUGAAGAAACAGUACCGGGUGGAUUACGAGGAGCUACGGAACCUCCGUUCGGAGGUCCAGUAUUGCCAGCACCUGGUGGACCAGUGCCGCAACAGGCUGGUCUCAGAAUUCGAAAUCUGGUACAACGAAUCCUUCCUCAUCCCAGAGGAGGUCCAGGGAGCCUUAAGGCCUGGGGGAGCCAUAAGGCUGGGCAUGAUCCCAAUUAACCGAGUCCUAACUCUGGAUGAAGAUGAACAGGAGAGGUUUGAGCGGAUGCAGCAGGAAGUCCUGCCGUUCUGCCCGGAUUCUGUCUCCUUCUACAAUGCCAAAGCAAAGGUGGACCGGAAGCACAAAUAUGCUGGAGCCAUGUCUACCCUUGAGCAAAUGAGGAAGAAGCCAGGAUCCGUUCAAGCUGCGGUGAAGAACAAGCCCCCUUCCGUCCUCAGCAUCGUGUAGCAGACCCAGAACGCGCCGGGUCUUAUUUCUUACAGGUGGAACUAAAGAAAUGGACCUUUGAGCGCGUCAAAAUAUGUUUUGUUUUCGGAAUAGGCAGAGAGUAUAACAGACGUCUAGGGAAUCUACAUUGUUAAUAACACUUGUACAUUUCACCAAAUGGUAUUCACAGAGAUUGUUAAUAAAUUAGUGAGAGAAAACUUAA